CCAGGUUUUCCCAAUGACCCUUCACUCCAGAGCUGAGUUGACUCGAGACCGUAGGUCGCGUCUGGGAGAGGAGGGAGAGAGGGCUUCCCCGAAUGGAUUGACACAAGAAGGAUUUACGCUUUAAAUUGUGUUUUAUUCAGUAUGGCUAUAUACGUGUUUGAUAAAAACAGUAUUGGUAGAUUGUGUCAAUGUAUCAGCGUUGUAAAGAAGAGCUACUAACCAGCCAUAUUUUCCGAGUGAAACCAAUACAAUGAUCGUCAGUGUCUAUCAGGAGUGGAAUAUUAUUAGCAAUUCAGACAGUGCAACUGUCUCUCUGGUCCUUGCACAGCUUUUCAACAUGGUGGGAAAAUAACUCAGCAUUUGGGUGUCAGUGUAAGCCAGUAAUCCACUCUCAAAAAAAUUAAGGAACAGAAAAAAAAGUUGAAGUUGGAGCACAGCUGAGAACAACCAUUCACCUGGUUCCCAUGCCGACUGCCCCAUCUCUGCCCUCUCACAUCCUCCACUAUGCCUCCUACUCCCAAACCCCCUAAGAGACAACCCCCACCACAGACAAGGAAUGGCUGCAAGGUGAUACCCACAACAACAACCACCACUACCACCACCGCCAAGAGGCAGAUCUCCAACUCCAGCAAGUCCAGAGGAAAAGCCUUUGAGAGCCCACAGUCGACACCAAAACCCCCCCAAAGAUCCACAACCAGGACCCAGGCCCAGCCGGCCAGAAGCCCAGGGAGGAGUGGGCUUGGCAGUCAGGUCCCGGGGGGGUCCCCUGGUAGGGUUAACCAUGCCCCUGUGCAUGUAACAGGAUCAGUGAGGCUAAGGAGCCGGGGUAAUCCUCUGCUACAGCAUGGGGUGGGAGAGGAUCCACCGGGGCGCAGGAUGUCCUUACGGGGCAUGGGGUGCUCCAAGAAGUUUCCUCCCCUGACGGUAAAGCCUAGCAGGGGAGGGAAGAAAGCCAGAGGGAGGGGGGCGAGGGGAGCAAGGGGUCAGAGAUGGAGCGAAAGAGGGAUUGAGCAAGGACCUGAGGAGUCUGACCCUGGUAGUAUAGACCCUAGUGUGAUUGACCAAGAGAAGGAGGUAGUCAGCCAUGAUAGAGAGGGCCAACCUCUUAACCUAAGGACUGAACUUGAUGACCCUUCCUGUGUUGACCAGCAGGAGCCAGGAGUCGGCCAUGAUGGUAAGGGCAAACUUCUUAACCUGAGGACUGAUGACUCAGCUAGUGAUGACAAACAUGAAGAGUUAGUUGCCCAUAAUGGUGACGCGGUUGGUACUAACCCACAUAAUAAGCCUUUCAGCCAUAGUGGUGAGGUCAACAACUCGGAGCUCAAUGACCCCAUCAGUGUUGACCAACAACAGGAAAAGCUAGUCAAUAACAUUAGUGAGGGCAAUUCAGUGCAAUUCUACCAGAGCCAUGAGCUUGGUGACUCUACCAGUGAUGAGAGGCAGGAAGUGUCAGUCGUCCCUAAAGGUGAAGACAAAGCCAAGAUUAACCUUGGAGCUGAGCAGAUUGAGAUGGAGCAGAGAGAGAGAGAUACUCAUGCAGAGGAGGGGAGAGGAGGGGAGAGGUUGGAGAAGGACGGAAAGGAAGCAGUGGAGAAGGAAGGAGAGGAACCACCUCAGACCUGGUGUCACCCCCUCUCUCUCAUCCUCACCCGACCUUUCCACUUCAACCCGCAAUCGAACCCAGCACUCAGUCAGAGCCUGGAGAGCCCUGUCUCUCCAGAGGCUAGACAACUUCUCAGACCAGUGGACGAAGAGACCAAAGAGUCAUCCAAUCACCUCAAUGCAAAAUUAUCUUCAUCAUCUGCAUCAUCAUCGUCAGACCUGUACACCAGCGCGGAGGUCCCCAUCACUGUGUCUGUACCUGACCUGGGUCCAUUGUCAAACAACCACAACAAUUACCCAGAAGAACCACCAUCCUCAUCAUCACUCCCAUACACAAAGAAAGACGUUUUCACCACUGGGUCUGAACCAGACAAAGACAUUGUAUCUGUCUCUGAUUGUGACCUAGGUUCUGGUCCAAUGACUCACAACAAGUACAACCAAGAUGAGCCACAACCAUCACUCCCAAACACAGACACAAGGUCUGAACCAAACACAGAUAUUGCAUCUGUAUCUGAUCUGGGUUCAGUGCCAAAGACCUCCUCCAUCCCUAACCAGGAGAGUUCUAGCUCCAAGUUCUCAUUCUCCUUCUCCUGCAGCUCUGAGAGCACCCAAUCAUCAUACUCCUUCGACACUGAGUCAGAGACUGGAUAUGGGGAACCUAGCCCCCCUGGACACCCUAGCCUGGACCUGGGACACCUGGACGGGGGCACAUCUCUGCCCCGAACCCCACGGAUCAUCCAGAGGAGGGAGAGGAAGAAGAGGAGUAGGUGUGGAGGGUGUGAGCCGUGCCUAAGGAAGAUCAACUGUGGCCAGUGUAGCUGCUGUCUGAACCGCAGGACUGGACACCAGAUCUGUAAACUGAGGAAGUGUAUGGAGCUGAGGAAGAGGAGGCCAAUGUCACUGCUCACACUAACAUCUACUCAGGGGCCAAAGAGACCAGGGGCCAAGGGGCCUUACCCCUCCACUGUCCUCUCCUCUCCACUCUGGCCCCAUGACAGCAUGGAGCCUAAUGUUUCAUGUGUGCCAGCCUAG